AUGUGUCUACCUGAUGACACAUCCCAUGAGGAAUACACCCUCUAUACGUCACCAGAGACUGCUGCUGCUUUGAAACGUACGAUAGAGGCCCUGAUGGACAGAGGAGCAAUAGUGAGGGACUUGGAAAACCUGGGUGAAAAAGCACUUCCUUAUAGGAUGUCUGCCCACAAUCAGCAGCACAACAGAGGCGGGUAUUUCUUGGUGGAUUUUUAUGCACCCACCACAACUGUUGAAAGCAUGGUGGAGCACUUGUCUCGAGACAUAGAUGUGAUUAGAGGGAAUAUCGUCAAACACCCUCUGACCCAGGAACUAAAAGAAUGUGAAGGGAUUGUCCCAGUCCCACCUGAAGAAAAAUUAUAUUCCACAAAGAAGAGGAGGAAGUGAAAAGAUUUGCCAGAUUUUAGCCGUAUCCCUUCACAUUUGAGCAGCAUGGAUGAGAAGGAAGAGUUUGCAAGUUUGGCCUUUAUAUAAACAUGUGUUGCAGGUGCUGUUUGAUUUUUCUAAGGUAUUUUUAGCCCUUGAUCCCCUUUGCUUGUGAGAGGUGGGGAACUGCUUAUUGACAGCUUCUCUGUAACCUGCAGUACCAGUGGAUCAUUCUUGAUUUUGUUUUCUUUAGUGUCAUUUCUUUGUCAGUGAGGACUUUUCCCCUUAUAACAGUAACACCAUUUUUUGAAGAGCAAAACUUACAAUACCUCCUGGGAUCGUGAGCUAGUCAUUCAGCCUGUAUAACCAUGUGGAAAUAAAAAUUGAUGACCAAUGUAUUAUAUGGACAACUUUUGCCUUGAGUAAUAAACUUGAUUGUGGGAAU